GCGACGCGAUCGGUUGUGUGUUCGUGUCUCGUACGUUGUUGGGAAGCUGCAAGCUGACCGAUCGGGAAAAACACUUUUCGAGAUUUUCCUUGCCUCGUAUUUCCAUCGUCUAAAUAGAUUUCGCAGUGUUUGACAAAAAAAAGCCAAAAUAAAAAUCAAAUUAAGUGUGCGAAAAAUUAACGGAAAUUGUUGUGCGACAGCUGGGUGACCCUGUAUGUUUUGUUGUUGUUGUUGCUGGUGUUGGUAAAAAGAGCUUGCCAUUGUUGUUCAGAGAAGAAUCGGGGCUAAAGCAUCACCAAAUAAUAAUACCAUAAAAGCCAUGUGGCUAAUUUACAACAUAUUCAAAUGGCUGGCACUCUUACAGCUUGUGGUCCCAAGUCAGUGUGGCUUUGUGCAGGAAGCAAAGCGACACAUACGCGCCGAGUUCAAUGAUGCACUGGGUCAUCAUAGAUACCAUGGUUCCCAUUGGCACAACGGCCAGCGAGUGCAUCGUCUCCACAUGCCAUCGCACAGUCAUCAGCGUUGGAGUGGCCGACGACGAUCGCUCAAUCAUGCGCAUCCCUUCAGCCGUUGGACACAGUGGACGCAGUGCGAUGACGAUUGCAUCCGGCACAGGGAACGCUACUGCAAAGCAAAGCGGAAGUGCGGUCACACCAAGCACAUGGAGCAGCGCAAGUGUCUGCACUGUCAUCCUGUUGAGAAGUGGCAUAAGUCCAAAGAAGAGCAUCACUUCCCGAGCACCCAGAGCCAACCGCCAUCCAUCAUCAUUAAUGCUGCAGCAGCUGCAGUUGGUGGACCAACUUACCCCGCGCAUAUAGCUGAAGCACAUCCCAGUCCAUAUCCCAGUCCACAUCCCAGUCCCGACCAUGGUCCCAUUUUGGAUGCAGACUCUGUUGAGGUAGUGCAUCGCAAGCCGCCGCAUUUCUAUCCCAUUGAAGAGGAGGAAGGUGAGGAGGAAGAUGACGACUCAAGCUUUCCAGAGGAUCAAGGUGACUUCUUUGUGCUUAAGCGAAGCAGGCAAAAGGCGCGUCAACAGUCCAGACAACACGCGAGGCAAAGGAACAAGAAAAGAACCAAGCCAAGGCCAAAGCCCAGACCCAAGCCUAGACCAAACUAUAUAGACGAUGACUUUGAAGACUAUCUGGAGAAGCGUUCGUUUAAUUCGCAGCAGCGCAGUUUAGGCAGCGUCGAAAACGACUCCGGAUUGGAGGGCGACGUCUUCCAGUACGAGGACUUUGACAUGGAUCAAGAUAAUGCCUAUUCCGACUCGGAGGAGUACGGAGAAUAUCGCAACGUCACCUGGGAGCGCAAUACCCCAGAUGGACUUGUGUCCAGACAUCGACGUCUCUACACGAAAUGGAGCCGUUGGACGAGAUGCUCACCGAAAUGCACCACACGACGUUACAAAAAGUGCCGCGUGAUGGAUCAAUGUGGCCGUGAGGUGCUGCGUGAGAUCGCCUACUGCUACACGGAGAACAGCUUCUGCCAGCAGUGGCUGCAGACGCAAGUGCAGAAAGCUCCUGUCUACGAGACACGACCCAGCACUGGAGGCGUCUCUGCCAUGCGACGCAUGCACACGGAACCGGGAACAGCAGCGCUGAGCAAAAACGAUGUGAAUGUCAUCAUGAGUGGGCGUGGCUAUCGCGGACCAGAGUAUUCCCCACUUAAGUUGCAAUGUGGCCAGGCGCCGCAAAGCAUGAACAACAUGCUGAAGAUCAUUGGCGGCAGGCGUGCUGAAAAAGGACAUUGGCCUUGGCAGGUGGCGAUCUUCAAUCGCUUUAAGGAAGCUUUCUGCGGUGGCACCUUGAUUGCUCCUCUCUGGGUUCUUACAGCGGCACAUUGUGUUCGCAAAGUUCUCUAUGUGCGCUUUGGGGAACACAAUCUCAGCUACGACGAUGGCACCGAGGUGACGCUGCGUGUCAAGACGAGUUUCAAGCAUCCCAACUUCGAUAAGCGCACCGUGGACAGCGAUGUGGCGCUUUUAAGACUCCCGAAACCUGUGAACUCGACCAGCUGGAUACGCUACUCUUGUCUACCACGUCCCUACCAGCAAUUGCCCAAGAAUGUGGACUGCACAGUCAUUGGCUGGGGUAAGCGACGCAAUAGGGCAGUGAUUGGCACCCGAAUCUUACAUCAAGCACAUGUGCCCAUCAUUCCCAUGGACAAUUGCAGAAGUGUGUACCAGGAUUAUACCAUAACAAAGAACAUGUUUUGCGCUGGACAUCGUCGAGGUCGCAUAGAUACUUGUGCCGGGGACUCGGGAGGUCCUUUGCUCUGUCGGGAUACGACUAAACCCAAUCAUCCGUGGACCAUCUUUGGCAUUACUUCGUUUGGUGAUGGCUGCGCCAAGCGCAACAAGUUUGGCAUCUACGCCAAGGUGCCAAACUAUGUGGAUUGGGUGUGGUCGGUAAUCAACUGCGAUGGCAAUUGCAAGAUGCACUAGAUAGUUAGCAUAUUACGCUAUAAGUAUUUCCUCGAGUCCCUAGAUUUAAAUUAGGCUUAAGCUCGUUAUGUUUCAGAGGCUGUGAGAUACUUAUAUACAUUUUUUUAAAUCGCUUGCGAGCAAAUCUCAUCAUGUAAAUACUAAACAUACUCCUAUAUUUGUAUAAGUACUCAUUAGUGUGCACAGGAAAUCUGAAUGAAUGACUCGAGUCUUUUUGUGUCCCCUUGAAAAGGCGAAUUCCCCUAGCUCGACUCGAAAACUGUUUUAUUAUUUUAAACAGAACUAAAAUACAUAAAAUAAACUACGAAUGGAAAUUAACACUAACUAAACUAACUCAACUAAUUAGCUAAGAUUUGUCAGCGUUUCUAAAUAAGAAUUUCGGUCUACAGAGAAUUAGAGCAAAUUUAUAUAAAUGGAAAAAAUAAGUGUUGGUAGAUAGCUUUAAGCUGAGCAAUAAACUAGUGGAAUAAAUUAUUUAAUAAAGGUAUACGA